GUAGUGGUGCAGGGAGUGGAAGGGAGUCACUGCCCUCUGGACGUGCUUUAGAGACAGGCAAGCGGGGCUAACGGACACUGGAGUUGUGGGACACUACAGUCUUUUUAGCUAGAGCUAGAAUCUGGAUUUCCCCAGAUGGCCGUUUGUUGAGAGGACAAAUGCACAGGAAGAUGGGUUUGUGGAGGACCAUCAGAAGUAUCCAUGUUAAAAAAAAAAAAAAAAGAAGAAGAAGAAGAAGUAUCCAUGUUGAUGCCUUGUGUUUGAGAUGGUGUGUGAGGGGGUACGUGAUCCAGUGUAUUACACUGUAUUGGGUGAUAGAGUGUACUAAUGCAGUUUCGGGAGAAGUUCGAGGUGGCCAGGUCGCCUGCCCAUAGUUGGUGUUUAGAGCAGCACAGCAGGCUGAGAUCAGUUAGCGGAUGAAUGUAGGCAGAGAGGAAACUGGGCUCACAGACUGGAGCCCUUUAGUGCCAAGGGCCAGGGAGGUGAAGGGGUAGGAGGAAAAGCAGGUGGUAGUGGGGUCUGUUUGGAAGCCAAGAGGAAAAAGUAUGCGGAGACAGAAGUGAGCAUCAGCUGUCAGAUGCUGCUGUUAGGUCAAAUAAGGUGAGUGCUGAGAAUCUGUCAUGAGGUUUCAUGUCUGCGAGGAGCAAGCCGGACCGUAGUUUACUGUAGUUAAAGAGGUAAGGCUGGAUUUUAAUCAGUAAUAACUGUUGCAGUAAGGAUAAGAACUGCCUGAACUGAAUUCACCUUGGAUUUCUCCAGAGGUGACUGGGGGAAUAGGGAUGGGAAUAGGGAAGGCACUUAGUAGACUUAGGAAGUGAAAAAAUACAAAAGCCAGGGAAGGGGUGUUGGUCUGUGUGAAACCCAUGUGGGUUUGCUAACUGGCACUUGUCAAAGGUAGGCUCCUACUCUUCCACAGAGCUGUUCGAUGGGGCCCCAUCGUCGGGUGUCACAGCAUUGACUUUUUUCAGGCAGGCACUUUUUAAGGGUGCUAGGGGCAUCAUAGGGAUGGGGCCUUGAGAAACUGUAUUAGUGUUUUAUUCAAGUCUUUGAGGGCCAAGGUUGAGGACCGGUGGAGAGAGGAGCCUGGAUAGAGUUGGUUCAUGGAGACAGUCUUUGUCCUUAUGGUGUGGUUGGUGAUCUUGAGAACAGCUGAAGAGUGGCGGAAGCCUGGUGGAAGGGUGUAGGAGGGAACAGGAGGGAAGGGGUUAUGCAGUGCAGGUAGGUGGCUCUUGAGCAGGAGGAAACAGAAACAGGGUAAAGAGCAUGUGAGAUCAAGAGAGUGGGAAAUUUUUGGUUCAGUAGAAGGGAAGCUGGACCCGUGCAGGAGAGGAAUUGUUCAGUGAUGUGGCUGCGUAGGCAGGGCAUGGAACCCAACGCCAGAGUGGAGGGUUUGGCCUCCGUCAGAAAAUGACAGGAUCCAUUGUAACAGGAGAAAAGGGUGGAGGGGUAGAUGUGGGAGCUUGCAGAAGCUCCCUUCCAGUUGCUUUGAUUUCCUCUGUGAUCAGGAAUUAAGGUCCUGUGAGAGAAGGGAGAAGACCUUGGCAUUUUGAGAGGAGAGGCUUGUCCAGGUGAGUGGCUGGGGUGGAGAAAUGUGGUGGGACCACCGGUGAGGCUGAAGGAUUAUUGGACCCUGGGGUGCUGGGGUUGUUGAGCUGCAAAGAGGGGCUUGGUGAGUGAGAAAUUUGGAGCAUUUGUAGUAACUGGGCUUCAAGUUUGGCAUUUGGAGGAGGGAGAGGGGAGUGUAGGUACCAGGAGAGCAAAAUCCAGAGGCUAUUCUGUGUGGACAAGUCAGAAUGCAGACCAGUCUUGGAUCAGAAUGAACAAGAGCAAAGUCCCAGUCCCGGCACAGGAGCUGGGAUUCCGCUCCUGGAUUCCCCGGACAGAUUUCCUCGAGGGUUGUGGAUUGUGAGGGCGCACACCCUCCUCCAGGGGCCCUUCCUUGCAGCCUGCCUGACAGGACACAUCAGAGAUCCUGUGGAGUUUCUUUCCAGCCCUGGAGACCCAGCAGCCUCAGCCCAUUGGCGCUGACACUUCCUGACUAGUGACUGUAGCCAAGCCCAGAUGGAUGGCAAAACAGAAGAGAAAAGUUACCGAAGUGACAGAGAAAAAGAAGAAAAAACUGAAGAAGGCAUCGGCAAAAGAGAACCUGCUGGCACCUGAAGCCACGCCGGGGACCAAGCAAGUGCACCCCGAGGGAGACACAGUGUCAGGGACCAAGCAGGAGACAGCCCCCGAGCUGCCUGCGCUGACCCCAGAGGAGAAGAGGAUCCGGGACAGGAAGCUGAAGAAGGAGCGGAGGAAAGAGGAGAGGAGGCGGCUGCGGGAGUCGGGAGCAGCCCAGAGCCUGCCGGCCAAGCGCUCUGGAUCCCAGCUGGCCCUGGACUACCUCCGUGGCUGGGCCGAGAAGCAUGAGAACUGGAGAUUUCAGAAGACAAGGCAGACGUGGCUGCUGCUGCAUAUGUAUGACAGCGACCAGGUUCCUGAUGAGCUCUUCUCCACCCUGCUGGCCUACCUGGAGGGGCUCAGGGGCCGCGCCCGGGAGCUGACGGUGCAGAAGGCGGAAGCCCUGAUGCGGGAGCUGGACGAGGCCAGCAGCGCCGAACCCCUCCCGCAGGGGAAGACCCAGCGCAUCCGGCAGGUGCUGCAGCUGCUCUCCUAGGGGGUGGCCGGCAGGAUGCAGCCAGCCCCCAGCAGAAGGCCCCGAUGAGGAGCAGGUGCGGUACGCGCGGGCCCACCUGCCCUGGGGACUUACAGAUGCCGAGUCCCUGUGCCUGCUGGCACCUGACCCUUGCAGGGACUGACUCUGCCUGGCCAGACUGUUUAUAGACAAUGACGCGUUUUUGUGCUUUUACAGAACCUCACCUAGAGGUUUAUCCUGGCCUCCCAGUGGCCCUCAAGACUGCAGGGUGGUUGCUUGUUGAGAGAAAGGUCUAUUUUUCUACUCGGAAUGUCUUAGAAAUUGACCAGAGCCAGCCCAUCCCUCCAGCUGUCGUCCAUCCCCGCUGGGGGGGACGGGGGGAUCCCUCUGGUACCGGCCACCUGCGUCCGGGUCACCUGCCUGUGUUUCCCAGCAGGUCCGGGCCAUGCUUGCCCAUCUGUCACCUCCUUCUUGUGGCCUGCUGGGCCCUCACUGACCAGUCCCAGGGAAAACCUGGCUGCAUUUUCAAUAAAACUGGUCCGUGUCGGCCAUGGCCCUCA